AUGUUGAAGAAAAACACAAGAAUACGGCAAAUCCACGAAGAGAAUGGGAGAAUAUGUGUUGAAAAGUUGUCUCAACAACAGGAGACUACAAACCACCAGAAUGCUGGAACUGUGAAAAAAGACAUAUCAGGAAGUAUUGCUGGUAAACAGAUGUUACCUCGGUGCGCUAUGGCUAUGGCACGUCGCCUCUGCCCAAAACUUUUGGGUCCAGCUGCCUAUUACAAUAAGAAUUCUGCAUUGCCAAAUUUCAGUGUUGGUUACAUCAAGCCAAGAAAUGUGCCUAUACUGGUGACGAAGAAUGCUUGCUUGACGAAAUACCUUAGGCUGAAAGUUCAAAUAACAUUCUGGCUUGGAGACCAAGCAAGUUUAACUUUAUAG